AGCUAAGGGAUGCACGCAUCUCCCUUGCAAUAGCGGGAAAUCGCGAGCUUCGAUUCGAAACUUAUUUCAUCUUUUUAAAAAAAGAACUAUAAUUUAUUCAAAAUAUCUAUUCCAAAUAUAAAUUUAGAUAAUGUUGUGACACGUUUCGGUUGUUAAAGAUUUUUUACGUGUAACUCGUAACAAUGGAUUUGACUUUUUGGAAGUUGUUUCUCGUCCUUUCUUCGUGUUUUACUGUGGCCUUACUUUCCUCGGCAUACUUAAGAGAAUACGGGGCUGUCGAACUCGACAAGAGGUCAAUUUCAGUUUUGAGGGAUCCGCAUGAUAUGUUUGACUAUUGGACUGGAAAUUUUGACGAAUCAUAUACAAGGAGGUAUCGUUACACAAGAAGUCUACAAAUGGUUAUAACACAGCACUUCACUGAAUCCAAUGUUAUGCCUGGAGUUGAUGUGAGUCUACAUUGUACGGUGAACGGACCUCAUCCAGCUAGAUUCAUCUGGGAGAGGGACGGUCUUGUUAUCUCCUCUAACACCGAUUCGAGGUAUGCCAUAGGUCAAACCAUGUCCCCCGAUGGGGGAGUAAUCACCCAACUAAAUAUUACACAUUUGCGGGUCGACGAUGGCGGCCUGUAUUCAUGUGUAGCACACCAUGGCGAGAACGUGAUAGCACACCAUGACAGGCUUAAUGUUUAUGGUCCACCGUACAUUCGAACACUGCCACCGUUUAAAGUACAAAGUGGUCAAAGUGUCACACUCAAGUGUCCUUACUACGGAUACCCAGUAAGAGAAAUAACAUGGGAAUAUAAAGGUAAAGAGAUAAACACUGACAUAUCUACACAAGCGAAUCGUUUUAAGCGUUUUGUGAAGAAUACGGCGUUGAGUAUAGAAAUAUUUGGACGCAAACCUAAAUUAAGAGGGAAAAGAGAAUUGGCCACAGUCAAUGAUGGUAUUUUAAAUAUAGCUAAAGUUACAAAAAGUGACAAUGGUGCAUCAUACGCUUGCGUAGUUAGGAGCCCUUCUGGAGAAAUGGCCAAAAGAUCGUUUGAAUUACACGUAGUCGAGCCACCGCAGUUGGAAGAAAUAUUGCUGGCCUCGGACCUGCAAGAAGGGCAGAUAGUACAAAUACAUUGUAACCUCAAAAGUGGCGACUCCCCUGUAUAUUAUUCCUGGCUGAAAGACGGGAAGAAAAUACCCACACAUUUAAAAAUCGUAGAACGAAGCUUAGAAGUAUUUAGUGUUCUUAUAAUAAAGAAUGUUUCACUGGAGCACUGCGGUACAUAUACUUGUGUUGCAGCCAAUCAUGUGGCAAAAGUGAACCGAACUGUAAACUUGUAUAUAAAAGUUGCUCCUAAAUGGAGCGAAGAACCACAAAACACUUCUUUACUGUUGGGAAGAAGUGGUCAUAUAUCAUGCAGCGCCAAUGGAUACCCGCAACCUCAGACACACUGGUUAAAAAGAGACGUCGUAUCAGAGACUUGGAGGCCAGUGUUAGAAGUGGCUGGCGGUGGAGUUCUCAGCUUGUCCAAUGGAUCGUUAAUAUUCGAUUCUGUUGCACUGUCUGAUGGAGGAAUCUAUACCUGCCAUGUUGAAAACGGGGUCGGUGAAGCACUUAGUAAGACUAUAUGGAUAUCAGUUAAUAAACCAGUAACAUUCGACAUAGUAUCAAGGAACAUAACGUCUAAACUUGGUCAGCAUGUGACGAUAGAGUGCCUGGCGAAAGGCGACGAUCCUAUAAGGAUAAUGUGGACCAGAAAUGGAAAACCCAUUAAUCCCCUGACCCAAAGGGUGAAGAUGUCAGAAACAAAAUCAGAAGACGGAAUGUCGAGUACAUUGGAGUUAUUACAAACAGAAACAAGUGAUGGUGCCUUAUAUCAGUGCAGGGCUGGUAAUCCUUUCGGAGCAGACGUAUAUAGUGUUCAUCUUACCAUUUUAGAGCCACCGUCCCCACCUUCGGAUUUAUCAGUGGAUUCAAUCAAGAGCAGAUCUGUAAGGUUAUCCUGGAGGGAUAUGGCCAGAUCUCUCGCUCAAUAUUACUGUUUGCAGAUCACAAAUAGCCAGAGAAUAUCAUGGAGUAAUGCUAGGACUAUUAACAUUACAAGAUUAGAAGAAAUUCGUCAUUCAAUAGAAAUUGAGGAUUUGCAGCCAGCCACUGCAUACACAGCAAGAGUGGCCGGUGGAAACCAGGCGGACCUUAGUCAUUAUUCUUCUCCAGUCAGAUUUACAACCACUGAGGAAGCCCCAUCAUCACCACCACUCGGAGUUCAAUUGGAACAGACAGAGACACCUGGAGAGUUGAGGGUCAAAUGGCUACCGCCUCCAGCUGAUUCUCACAAUGGUCUCAUAGUUGGAUACCGUUUGAGGGCGGUUCCUCAGUUGACGGGGAUGAAAGAUACUGAAGAAUCUAGUGAUAAAACUAUAAAGACGGCUUCAUUGUAUUCCAAGCAAGAAACUACUAUUUCUGGCCUACUAAAAGGUGUCAGGUAUGCGGUCUCAGUGGCGGCCUUCAACGGCGCUGGAAUUGGGCCAUUUUCCAUUCCUUUGUUUCAAGACACGAGGGAAGGGGCCCCAGAAGAAGGUCCGUCUUCAGUGGAGUGCGGUGGCGUGACGUCGACAGCGUUGAGAGUGAGCUGGCAACCCAUACCACCGCAUAAGCAAGCUGGUGCCCUAAUCGGAUAUACUGUGCUGUACGCUGCUCAAGGUCGACAAUGGCAGAAUGCCACAUCCCUCGUGACCGAGCUUCGUCUACAAGGUCUACUUAAGUUCACAAACUACAGCAUCAAAGUGGCCGGUUUCUCCAACUACGGACUCGGCCCGUUCUCUUUUCCCAUUGUGUGCGCUACGUUGCAAGACGUGCCGGACGCUCCAGCGGAAAUAAAACUGCUUUCUCAAUCGACGAACUCUCUCCUUGUUAGUUGGAAGAAACCCAAGCAACCGAAUGGCAGGUUGUUACACUAUACUAUAUACUGCAAACCGACGGCUAGUAACGACGGCCCCCAAACAAUACGCAUGGACGCUCAAAUAACCUACGAUGCGUACGAGAAAACUCAAACUGUAGAAUUAAAAGAUCUGAACGAAGGUCGGCAGUAUGAUGUAUGGGUGACAGCUAGUACUGCAGUAGGCGAAGGACCAGAGACCAAACACGUCAGCAAUACGCCUUCACAGAGAGUGGUAGCCGGCGUCGCAUCGUUAGGAGGGGAAGUCACAGUGGCCGUAAGAAAUUCCCUUCUACUAGAGUGCAAGAGUGUCGGCUCGCCGCCGCCAAGAACGGUCUGGUACCAUAAUCAAAAUAUCAUCACCCACCAUCCAAGAUUCACAAGAAAUAGGGAUGAUAGUCUACUGAUUAAAAGCAUUGACCAAUCUCUAAGUGGCAACUAUACGUGCCUAGCCAAAAAUCUGUAUGGAUCUGAUUCUGUAGUAUACGCCGUUAAAGUUCUUCCUCUACCAGAUCCGCCAGCAAUUAGAGCUACUCCAUAUAAGGAUUAUAUUGUGGUUGAAUGGGAUGAAACAAGAAGUUACAAUAACGAUUCAUUAGGUUAUGGAAUAAGUUAUAAUUUAACCUGGAGAGAAGGAGAUGGUUCAUGGCAAGAAGCAUGGCCUGUAGCUAGAGAGACUCGGUUACCUGGAGUACAACAGCAUACUUUAGCUGGACUUAAAUGUGGAACUAAAUACUCUGUGAGGGUCACGGCGACUGAUCACAUUGGUACUUCAGCACCAGCUCAUGUUGAUGUCACUACGUUAGGUGGCGCACCAGUAUCGCCUCCAUCUACUGACUGGCUGUGGAGCAACGCCACCCAUAUUUAUAUCCAGCUAAGUGGUUGGGAUGAUGGAGGCUGCGACGUCAAUAAAUGGGAAGUGGACUACAGAACCCUCGGAUCUAGUUCUUGGCAUCGAGCUGAGAAUAAAGCACCUAUGGAUCUCAAUCUUGGAUGGAGUUACAUGGAAGGCCACUAUCAAGCACCACCACUUCGCUCCAUACCGACAUCGUACGCCGUCGGAUCUCUCUCUCCAGCUAAUUGGUAUCAGUUGAGAGUGACUGCGACAAAUGAUGCCGGAACUGCUUCAACCGUAUAUACAUAUGCGACCAAAACUUUGGAUGGAGAGGAAAUUGGACCUCCAUCAGAAAUAUUCGACCUCAACAUGCUGGUCAUUGUAUGCAGUUCCAUACUUCUGGUCGUGUGUCUUCUAGCUUUCUUCUGUAUAUUAAUUAAAAGACACAGGCAAAAUUAUACAUCUCAGUAUCGUCACUCGAUCGCCGAAGACGUGAAAUCGAGAAAUGAGAGCGUCGCUUCACAUUCGGAACAUAAAGAAAGAUAUGCGCACGCGCCUAGAAUUUAUACAUCACCUGUUCAUGCUAGGAAAAGUAGUAAGAAUGAAAUGUUCGAGAUAAGUCCAUAUGCGGAGUUCGCUCUUGGCUUCCGCACGUUUGACCACGUCGACAACCAAGAUCUGCCGAGCCGUCUACCAAGUAGACCAAGGUUUGACACAGAGACCAGUUUCCAGAACCGUUCCGAGUCCGACGACAGUGACAGCACGUCCAAAGCAACAGUUUCAGCGAUGCCGCGGAGGCAUUGCCGGACUCCGCAUCACAGAUAACAACAAAAUUGUAUAAAAUAAAAAAAAAAUGUAUAAAGUUUUAUAAUGUUUACAUUAAAUUGUUAAUUCUACAGUUAAAAGCAUAUCAGUAAGUCUAUAUUUAAAAAUAUAUACAGUUUUCUUUAAUGGAAGGAGUUAAUUAGAGAUUUUAUUCCUGUUUUAGGAAAUCUUACGAGUCGUCUAUUUUUAGUUAUCUUAAUUAAAAGACUGACAUUUCAAAUAUAGUCGUAAGAUAAUUUUGCUAAAUGUUCAUUGUAAAAAUAAAAACUGCCAAAUUAUUCUAUCGUUGUCACUAUAACAAAGUAAAGUUGUAUUUACAAUACACUAUAUGCAUGAUUAAUCGAUAUAACCCAUAUGGAUGUAUCGCUUCGAUUUCUAUAUAUUUUGUUUACUCUAGUUAUUUAAAUAUGACUAUACAACUAUAUUACUAUAUAAAAGAUUAUCACCCAUUUCCAUAUUACCCGUACCAAUCGGAUAUCUACAUAUAUGUAUAUUCAUUUCGAACGGAUUCUCAUUUCGAUAUAAUAUUGGAUAACCGAUGUUAUUAAGCCAAUAUAUAGAUAUUACUAUAUAUUAUCCAUCACUACUACACUGCUACUGGUGAUGAUUUUCAGUCAUCUAAUGUAUAUAGUAUUAUAAAUAUAACAGCUUAAUUCUAAACUGCAAUAUUUAUAAAAAAAUAUUCAUAAAAACAUCAAACUUGUCAUAAACCUAUUUUAUCUCUUUCUUUUACGCAAUUUUUUCAGUUUGAAUGAAAGUGACAAAACAGUAUAAUAAUCAAAAUAAGAUUGUAAAAGGUUUUAUUUUCUAAGAAUAAGGGGUGUAAAUGUGAAAAUGAGUAAAGUUAUUUGGAUGAUUAGACAUUUAUGCGUUUGUUAUGCAAUAUAUGUUUUAAAACCAUUUUUGAACCAAGGACUGCAGUGUUUUAAAGCAUGCAAUGGUUUAAUUUUUAUUUUAAUAUUUACCUACGUGGCCAGGAUAUAUUAAUUGACCAGGAUAAAAGGUAGUCUAUUUACUUCCAUCUAAACACUACAAGUAUACCAAUUUUUAUGACAAAUGUUUUAGCUGUUAAAAUGCCAAGAGCUACCCAAAUUUUAUACAAAAGUACCUCUGUCUCAUUUGUGUUUCAACCGUGAAGCAGUUGUGUUUGCAUGGCUGUGUUUCGGUUUGAAGGGUGAAAUAUGGCAGUGAAUUUACAGGGUACAGAAGCAUAACAGCUGGGUCUUCAGGAAUGGCAAUACAUGAGGAGUAUCAUGAGUGAAAGAGUAUACUCUAUUAUGUCCUUGGUACUGCUCAUAUCUAUAGGCGACGGUUACCACUUUCCAUCAAGUGGGUCGUCAGCUUGUUUGCCAUUCUAAGUUGCAUAGAAAAAUGUUAAGUGUGAAUACACCUUUACUGAUAAUAAAACUUUAAUACUUAUUUCAUGUUAUACAUGAACAAUUUACCAAUUAAAUACAUACUUUCUAUCGAAUGGAAAUUCCAGUACAUAGAUUUAGGUUUUGUUAUAGAUCUUAUAGCGAUUAAUGUCAAAAUGGUAAUAAA